AUCAUGCCUGGCAUGCACUUUGCACGACUCGUGUGCUUUGAAAUCGAGUUGUAAAGCGGUUUUCAGUAUUUCAUUUUUUAGGGUUUUAUACCCCAAAAGUUUGAUAGAAACGCCCUCAAAAAAGCCCUUAAAAGUUCAUAAUCCGAUCUCAUUCCUCUACUUAUCUCAGAUCCAAAAACCCCCCAACAUUUUCAAAGUAAGUUCCGGCCAAUCUCUCUCUCUCUCUCUCUCUCUCUCUCUCUGUGAAAUAUCAGUCUCUGGUAGUUGGAUUUUUCUUGAAUAUUCUCAUCUGCUUUGUUGGAAAUAAUUCGAUUUUCAUUUUUUUAUAUUUUUCUUCUUUGAUUUGGUGGAGUUUGGGUAGAAAACAAUGCAAAUCACUUUCUUUCACACUCCAGGAUAAAUAGGAAAAAAAAAAACAUUUUUUCUCAUUCUAGUAAUGGAAACAAUGAAAAUCGGAAUCUCGAAAUUUCAUUUUUUCCGUUUUUGUAUGCUUUCAGUACUUUAAGAGCUUAGAGUCUGUUCGAAUCCAUUUCUGUGGUUUUUUCUGUUCUAGGGUGAGGGUUUAUUUCCCUCUGCUGGAGAUUUCUAGGGUUAGGGUUUUAUUUUUCUUACUUAAGCUGUGAGAAUGGCGAAUCUCGAAACGCUCGUCGCCGCCCGCAAAUCGCUGAAACUCAGCUUAGAGAAAUCGAAAGCGCUGGGAUUUGCGUUGGAGAAGGCUGGGCCCCGGUUGGACGAGAUCCACCAACGCCUGCCAUCGCUGGAAGCUGCUGUCCGUCCUAUCCGGGCCCAGAAGGAGGCUCUGGCAGCCGUCGGUGGCCACAUCGACCGUGCUGUCGGGCCUGCUGCAGCCGUUCUGAAAGUCUUCGACGCGGUCCAUGGCUUGGAAAAAUCGUUGCUGUCCGAUCCGCGGUCCGAUCUGGGGGGUUACCUUUCGGUCCUCAAGCGGCUCGAGGAGGCGCUGAGGUUUCUCGCUGAUAACUGCCAGCUGGCGAUCCAGUGGCUGGAAGACAUUGUCGAGUACUUGGAAGAUAAUGCCGUGGCUGAUGAUCGGUAUAUUUCGAAUUUGAAGAAAUCUCUGAAGAGUCUUAAGGAAUUGCAGUCCGACGAUGAGCGGGCACGCUUAGAUGGUGGGCUCCUGGAUGCCGCUUUGGUUAAAUUAGAGAAUGAGUUCCGUCGGCUGCUGACAGAGAACAGCGUUCCACUGCCAAUGUCGUCUGCUGCUUCGUCCGAGCAGCAGCCCUGCAUUGCCCCGUCACCACUGCCCGUCACCGUCAUUCAGAAGCUGCAGCCGAUUCUCGAUAGGCUGACCGCCAAUGGCCGCCUUGAGCGGUGCAUGUCAAUCUAUGUCGAUGUCCGUAGUGCAAAUGUGAAGGCGAGUUUACAACCAUUGAAUCUUGAUUACCUUGAGAUCUCGAUAUCUGAGUUCAACGAUGUGCAGAGCAUUGAGGGGUACAUAUCGGAUUGGGGGAAGCACUUGGAAUUCGCCGUGAAGCAUCUGUAUGAAGCCGAGUACAGACUUUGCAAUGAUGUGUUUGAGAAGAUGGGGCCCGAUGUGUGGAUGGAAUGCUUCUCGAAGACUGUGGCUCAGGCUGGGAUCCUUGCUUUUCUACAGUUUGGGAAGACGGUCACAGAGAGUAAGAAAGACCCAAUUAAGCUUUUGAAGUUGUUGGAUAUUUUCGCUUCUUUGAAUAAGCUGAGGUUGGAUUUCAAUCGCCUGUUUGGAGGGAAAGCCUGUGCUGAGAUCCAGACCUUGACGCGAGAUCUCAUCAAGGCUGUAAUUGAAGGCGCUUGUGAGAUAUUUUGGGAGCUUUUGGUUCAAGUUGAGCUACAGAGGCAGACACAGCCACCGCCCAACGGCAGUGUUCCCGGGCUGGUGAGCUUCAUCACCAACUACUGUAAUAGGUUGCUGGGAGAUGAUUAUCGGCCAAUCCUAACGCAGGUUCUGGUCAUCCAUCGGAGCUGGAAAAAAGAGAAGUUCCAAGAACGCCUCCUUACUGAGGCAGUAUUGAACAUAAUUAAAGCCCUUGAGCUCAAUUUGGAGUCAUGGUUCAAGAUGUAUGGGGACACCACCCUGUCAAACCUCUUCAUGAUGAACAACCACUGGCAUUUCUACAAGCAUUUGAAAGGAACGAAGCUUGGGGAACUCUUGGGAGACGCAUGGUUGAGAGAGCAUGAACAGUACAAGGAAUAUUAUGCCACAAUCUACUUGAGAGAGAGCUGGGCGAAGCUCCCAGCCCUGCUGAGUAGGGAAGGCCUGAUUCUGUUCUCGGGUGGGAGAGCGACUGCCCGUGAUUUGGUCAAGAAGAGGCUGAAAGCCUUCAAUGAGGCGUUCGAUGAAAUGUACAAGAAGCAAUCAAAUUGGGUUGUGUCGGAGAAAGAUUUGAGGGAGAAGACAUGCCAGAUGGUGGUGCAGGCGAUCGUUCCGGUUUACCGGAGCUAUAUGCAGAACUAUGGUCCCCUGGUGGAGCAGGAUGCGAGCGCAAGCAAAUAUGCAAAGUAUACCGUGCAGGCUCUGGAGAACAUGCUCAGCUCUCUGUUUCAGCAGAAAUUGGUGAAACACGGGAGCGCCAAGACGAGGCACUCCAAUGGGAAACUCAACAAUGUUGUGGCUAAUCAAAUUUGCUCCGCCCCAGCCGUUAUGUGAUGUAUACAUACCAAUACAAAACCUUCCCAGUUGACUGAAAAGGGAAGGAGACAUACACUUCAGGGCUUUUCUCUGCACACCCAUCAAUUUGAAGUUGUUAGAAUGAAAUCAAGCUGGAACAUUUGGUCCAGGCUGUUCAAUGGCCGAGUGUGCCACAUUGCUUGUGUGUAUAUAUGGAUCGAUAUCCCAAGAAAUUGGCAGCUCUUUCUCACA